UGUGACGUGUGGUGAACCUGCUGGCUAUCUCAGCUCUUUCACACACUCUCAACUAACUCUGUGUUGAACCCCGUUACUGGCAACGUUUUAAGGGCUUAUUUGGGUCAGGGAAGGAUUGGAUCUACCAAACCUAACUCUACACUACUCACCUACACAGAGGACAGCAGACUUGAUCAGUUCACUUCCUGCGGCACGUGGCCCUUUCACUAUCCCACUGUUUAUGGCCCCUAGAGUGAAAAAACAGUGAUUUUGGCCUCAAUUGUGAAGAUCCAUCCAUCUGUCCAGCACUUCUCUCCAUUCCUGCCCUCCCCCCUCUUCCCCCCUCAUCCGGUACAGCUCAUGACAUCAGUGCAGCCAACAUGGCAUUCUCAUCACGCUUUUCCUUCUGGGAGCAAAAGGUCAAAGAAGAGGUCAGACCACCAGGCUCCAAGACCUCAAACCAGGGUUCAGACAGCGACAGUGGCAGUAUGAGUAUCCGCUCCCAGUCCGUGCCCUGUCUGGAGCCUGGCAGGGGCCUACUCCGCACCAAAAGCCCUGAGCUGGCCAAGACACCGCCUGGGGUCAGGGUCAGGAGUCCCUCACCACCCAGGGUACGCAGGGCCGUAAAGGUCCCUGAACGCUUCAAAAGUCCAGUGCUUCCGAUCCAGACGCCAGCACAACGCUUCAGGAGCCCUGACCCAUGCAGAGAUUCCAUGAUUAGCCCUGAGCCUGUGCUGAACGGGAACAGCAAGCCCAACGGAUCCGUUAAUGGAAGUGCCGUCAAUGGAAGCUCUGCCAACGGCAGUGCCAACCAGCCAGACCUGGACAACGAUGAUCAGAGCCUUACCCGCAAGAAGGUUGUGAAGGUGGUACGUCGAGUGGUGAGGAAGGUACUACCUGCAGAAGAAGAGGAUGCUCCAGCUCCUGAGCCUACCAAACCUGCCCCUGAACCUCCUAAAUUGGUGCUAUCGCAAGCGCCAACAUCUGUGCCCAAGGUCCCAAAGGUUCCACUGUUCUCUUUCAAGCACGACACCAUCAAGACAGAGGAGAAGGACAAUAUAUCAGCUGGGCUGGCCAGCCUCAUGGUCCGCGGGAGGACCAGGGACCGCCCUCGCACACGCAAAGAUGGGCCACCUGAAAAAAAACAAGAGGAAGUGGUGAAAAGAAAGGAAAAAGAAAGUCCAAAGUUGGUUGAUAUUAAAUCUAGCCUUAAAGUCGGCCUAGUUUCAAAACCGGAGGAUAAGACUCACGUGUUGGCUGCACCUGCCAAAGUUCCUCCUACUGCUUCUACUUUGACCUCGGUUCCCCCCAAGUCUGCACCCGCAGGCUUCAUCCCUGCCUCAAAGCCUUCCUCGCUCUCCCCUCCCGCAGGCUUCAUCCCUGCCUCAAAGCCUUCCUCGCUCUCCCCUCCCGCAGGCUUCAUCCCUGCCUCAAAGCCUUCCUCGCUCUCCCCUCCCGCAGGCUUCAUCCCUGCCUCAAAGCCUUCCUCGCUCUCCCCUCCCGCAGGCUUCAUCCCUGCCUCAAAGCCUUCCUCGCUCUCCCCUCCCGCAGGCUUCAUCCCUGCCUCAAAGCCUUCCUCGCUCUCCCCUCCCGCAGGCUUCAUCCCUGCCUCAAAGCCUUCCUCGCUCUCCCCUCCCGCAGGUUUCAUCCCACCACCAAAAUCAGCCUCCCUUUGCCCACCUGGUGGGUUUGUACCAGCAUCAAAAUCAGCCCUCCUUUGCCCAGCAAAUGGGUUUGUACCAGCACCAAAAUCUACCCCUCUUUCCUCUGCAGCAGGGUUUGCACCAACCCCAAAAUACACUGCUGUUACUCCUUCAGUUAUCACUGCAGCCCCCAAAUCCUCUCCAGCCAUUCCCCCAUCAUGCUUUGUCCCACCACUAAAAUCGACCCAUAUGUCCUCACCUGCAAAAUAUACACCCCUUUCCCCAUCUGCUGGUUUUGUCCCCUCUUAUAAAUCCUCCCCUGUCACUCCCCCUUCAGCAUCCGUUCCCACCUCUAAGUCCUCCUCCAGUACUUCCGCUGCAGGGUUCGUCCCAGACCCCAAGGCCUCGCCUCUCUACCCUAACCCUCCCAAGUCCUCGGCUCUCUCCCCUCCUCCUGCCGUCAUCACUCCCAAGGCGAGUACCCUCUCUCCACCACCGGAGUUCAUCCCGCCCCCCAGACAGCCAGCCGUGAAGAAGCCUGAGGUGAAGGCUUUGGCAGCCUCUCCCCUGUCCUCUGUUCCCAUUGAGAAGGCUUCACCGCAGAACAAUUCAUCAACCGUUUCAUCAAAGACUACCCCAACCAUUACCCAAAAGGAGGCGCCGCUCAGUCCCACUGAAGAGGCUCAGAGACGCCUGGAGAGGAUCUUCACUGCGCCUCUGGAGCCGGUGGUUCGUGCCUCAGUUCCGCUCCUUUCUCCGGCCCCAGCCCCAACCCCCCCUCAGGGACAGGUGGACGAGGACCCCGUGGCCAUCCUUCAGGUGUCUCACGCCGCUGCCCAACAACCCAAGGUGAAGACAGAGGAGCAGAUAGCCACAGAGCAGGCAUGGUACAGCUCAGAGAAGGUCUGGCUGGUCCACAAGGAUGGCUUCUCCCUGGCGACACUGCUGAAGACUGAGGCGGGCUCUCUGCCAGAGGGGAAGGUGAAGAUCAAACUGGAACAUGACGGGACAAUACUGGAUGUAGAUGAGGACGACGUGGAGAAGGCGAACCCCCCGUCGUUUGACCGCUCUGAGGACCUGGCCUCGCUGCAGUACCUCAAUGAGUCCAGUGUGAUGCACUCUCUGCGGCAGCGCUACGGGGGAAACCUCAUCCACACACACGCCGGGCCCAACAUGGUCAUCAUCAAUCCCCUCAGCGCUCCCUCCAUGUACUCAGAGAAGGUGAUGCACAUGUUUAAGGGGUGCAGGCGAGAGGACACGGCACCUCACAUCUACGCGGUGGCCCAGUCGGCCUACAGGAACCUGUUGACCACGCGUCAGGACCAGUCCAUCGUGCUGCUGGGGAAGAGUGGCAGCGGCAAGACCACCAACUGUCAACACCUGGUCCAGUACCUGGUCUCCAUCGCUGGCAGCACCGGAAAGAUCUUCUCUGGAGAGAAGUGGCAGGCAGUAUACACCAUCCUGGAAGCAUUUGGGAACAGCUCCACCUCCAUGAACACCAACGCCAGCCGCUUCUCUCAGAUUGUCUCUCUGGACUUUGACCAGGCUGGCCAGGUGGCCUCCGCAUCCAUACAGACCAUGCUGCUUGACAAGCUGAGAGUGACCAAACGGCCAGAGACUGAGUCCACCUUCAACAUCUUCUACUACAUGAUGUCUGGAGCUGACAGCACUCUCAGAACGGAGCUGCACUUUAACCACUUUGCAGAGAACAGCGCCUUCGGAAUUGUGCCUCAGUCUAAACUGGAGGACAAACAGAAGUCAUCUCAGCAGUUCACCAAGCUGCAGGCAGCCAUGAAGGUGCUGGGCAUCUCAGUGGAGGAGCAGAGGGCUCUGUGGCUCAUCCUGGGGGCCAUCUACCACCUGGGGGCAGCAGGGGCCACCAAAGAGGCUGACGAAGCUGGCCGUAAGCAGUUUGCCCAUCAUGAGUGGGCCCAGAAGGCAGCCUACCUGCUGGGCUGCACCCUGGAGGAGCUCUCCUCUUCCAUCUUCAAGCACCAGGCCAAGGGGCCCAUGCAGAGGUCCACCUCCUUCCGUGGGGGGCCCGACGAGGCCGGCGCAGGAGACAGCUCGGGCUCUAAGAUCACAGCCCUGGAUUGUCUGGAGGCCAUGGCUUCAGGCCUGUACUCAGAGCUCUUCACCCUCGUUAUCUCCCUUGUCAACAGAGCUCUGAAGUCCAGUCAGCACUCACUGUGCUCUCUGCUCAUCGUGGACACACCGGGUUUCCAGAACCCUCGCAUGGCCAAGCGCCAGCGCGGUGCCACCUUCGAGGAGCUGUGCCACAACUAUGCCCAGGAGCGCCUGCAGACCCUGUUCCACGAACGCACCUUUGUACAGGAGCUGGAGAGAUAUAAGGAGGAAAACAUAGAGCUUGCAUUAGAUGACAUAGAGUCCAGUACCUCAAUGUCUGUAGCAGCUAUAGACCAAGCAUCUACUCAAGCGCUGGUGCGCACCCUGGCGAGGACAGAUGAAGCUCGAGGUCUGCUGUGGCUGAUGGAGGAGGAGGCUGUGCAGCCAGGGGGCUCUGAGGACACUCUGCUGGAGAGACUCUUCAGUUACUACGGCCCUGACCAGGGGGACAACAAGGGACACGCCCUGCUCCUGAAGAGCGACAAGCCGCAUCACUUCCUGUUGGGCCACAGCCACGGGACGGACUGGGUGGAGUAUGAUGCUCAGGGUUGGCUGAGCCACGCCAAGCAGAACCCUGCCUCCCAGAACGCUGCCACUCUGCUGCAGGACUCACAGAAGAAGAACAUUAGCAGUCUGUUCUCUAGUCGUAGUGGAGGGCCCACAGUGCUGUCUGGUUCUAUCGCAGGGUUGGAGGGGGGAUCUCAGCUGGCCCUCCGCAGAGCCACUAGCAUGAGGAAGACCUUCACAACCGGCAUGGCCGCCGUCAAGAAGAAGAGCCUCUGCAUCCAGAUCAAACUGCAAGUGGAUGCUCUGCUGGACACGGUGCGCAGGUCCAGAGUUCACUUUGUCCACUGCCUACUGCCCAAGGCAGAUGCGGUGGGGGUGGGUGGGGAGCCGCGUGUGGCCCACGGAGAAAGCUGCGACUCAGGCCUCAUGCAGCUGGAUGUGGGCCUUCUGAGGGCUCAGCUCCGUGGAUCGAAGCUUAUUGACGCUCUGCGCAUCUACAGGCAAGGAUACCCUGAUCACAUGGUGUUCUCUGAAUUCCGUCGCCGCUUCGAUGUGCUGGCACCCCACCUGACCAAAAAGCACGGACGCCACUACAUCGUCACAGACGAGAAGCGGGCUGUGGAGGAGCUGUUGGAGUCUCUGGACUUGGAGAACAGCAGUUACCACAUGGGUCUGAGCAGGGUGUUCUUCAGAGCGGGGACCCUGGCCAAACUGGAGGAGCAGAGGGACGUCCAGACCAGACGCAACAUCACCAUGUUCCAGGCUGCCUGCAGAGGAUACCUGGCCAGACAGGCCUUCAAGAAAAGGAAGAUCCAGGACCUGGCUAUCCGCUGUAUCCAGAAGAACAUCAAGAAGAACAAGGGCGUGAAGGGCUGGCCCUGGUGGAAGGUGUUCACCACAGUACGCCCCCUUAUAGAGGUCCAGCUCACAGAGGAGCAGAUACGUGGCAAAGACGAGGAGAUCCAGCAGCUGAAAGGGAGGCUGGAGAAGGUGGAGAAGGAGAGGAACGAGCUGAGACUCAACAGUGACCGCUUGGAGAGCCGGAUCACAGAGCUGUCGUCGGAGCUGGCAGACGAAAGGAACACAGGAGAGUCGGCCUCUCAGCUGCUGGAGUCUGAGACCUCAGAGAGACUGAGACUGGAGAAAGACAUGAAGGACCUGCAGACUAAGUUUGACUCGAUGAAGAAGUCUAUGGACUCUAUGGAGAUGGAGGUAAUGGAGACCAGACUCCUCAGAGCUUCCGAGCUCAACGGAGAGAUGGACGACGACGACACAGGAGGAGAGUGGAGACUGAAGUAUGAGAGGGCCAUCAGAGAGAUCGAGUUCACCAAGAAGAGGCUCCAGCAGGAGUUUGAUGACAAGCUGGAGAUGGAGCAGCAAAACAAACGACAGCUGGAGAGGAGGCUAAGUGACCUCCAGGCAGACAGUGAGGAGGUGCAGCGUACGGCCCAGCAGCUGAAGAAGAAGUGCCAGAGAUUGACGGCUGAGCUACAGGACACCAAGCUACACCUGGAGGGCCAGCAGAGCCGCAACCACGACCUGGAGAAGAAACAGAGGAAGUUUGACUCAGAGCAGAACCUGUCUCAGGAGGAGGUUCAGAGGGAGAAGAAUAUUAGAGAGAUGCUGAGCAGAGAGAAGGACAUGCUGACUGGAGAGGUGUUCAGCCUGCGACAGCAACUGCAGGACAAGGACCUGGAGAUGUGUGCUCAGAACGUGAAGUUAGAACAGCUGGAGGCGGAGCUGUUGGACCUGUCGUCCCAGGAGACCAAGGAUGAGGCGUCGCUGUCCAAGGUGAAGAAGACGAUGCGUGACCUGGAGGCCAAGGUCAAAGACCAGGAAGAGGAGCUGGAUGAACAGGCCGGAACUAUACAGAUGCUGGAGCAGGCUAAGCUGCGUCUGGAGAUGGAGACAGAGAGACUGCGCCAGACACACUCCAAGGAGAUUGAGAGUAAAGACGAGGAGGUGGAGGAGAUCAGACAGUCCUGCAGUAAGAAGCUGAAGCAGAUAGAAGUCCAGCUGGAGGAGGAGUAUGAUGACAAACAGAAGGUCCUACGUGAGAGGAGAGAACUGGAGACCAAGCUGCUGUCUGCCCAGGACCAGGUGAAACCCAGAGACGUGGAGACGGAGAAGAGGCUGAGGAAGGAUCUGAAGCGCACCAAGGCCCUGCUGGCUGAUGCCCAGAUCAUGCUGGACCACAUGAAGAACAACGCCCCCAGCAAGAGAGAGAUUGCCCAGCUCAAAAACCAGCUGGAGGAGUCAGAGUUCACUUGCGCGGCAGCAGUGAAGGCCCGUAAAUCUAUGGAGGUGGAGAUUGAGGACUUGCAUGUGCAGAUGGACGACAUCUCCAAAGCCAAACAGGCUCUGGAGGAGCAGAUGAGCAGGCUGCAGAGAGAGAAGAAUGAUCUGCAGUCUCGUAUGGAGGAGGACCAGGAGGAUAUGAACGAGCUCAUGAAGAAGCACAAGUCAGCUGUCUCCCAGUCAACUCAGAACCUAGCCCAGAUCUCUGACCUACAAGCCCAGCUGGAGGAGGCCCUCAAGCAGAAGCAGGAUGUCCAGGAGAAGCUCUCGGCACUGCAGAGCCAGCUGGAGUUCCAGGAGACGUCUAUGGUGGAGAAGUCUCUGGUCAGCAGGCAGGAGGCCAAGAUCCGAGAGAUGGAGACCAAGAUGGAGUUUGAGAAGACGCAGGUCAAACGCUUGGAGAGCCUGGUGGCCCGUCUGAAGGAAAACCUUGAGAAGCUAACAGAGGAGCGGGAUCACCGCAGCACCAGCGAGACCCGGGAGAAGGAGCAGAACAAGCGGCUCCAGAGACAGAUCAGAGAUAUCAAGGAGGAGAUGGGAGAGCUGGCCAAGAAGGAGGGAGAGGCCAGCCGCAAGAAACAUGAGCUGGAAAUGGAUAUUGAAAGCUUGGAGGCAGCCAAUCAGAGCCUGCAAGCGGACCUUAAACUAGCCUUCAAGAGGAUUGGUGACCUCCAGGCUGCCAUCGAAGAUGAGAUGGAGAGUGACGACAACGAGGACCUCAUCAACAGUUUACAAGACAUGGUGACAAAGUAUCAGAAAAGAAGGAACAAAACUGAGGGAGACUCAUCUGACUCGGAGGUGGAAGACCGUGUGGACGGUGUCAAGUCCUGGCUGUCCAAAAACAAAGGCUCGACCAAGAACCUCUCAGAUGACGGCAGCCUCAAGAGCGCCAGAUUUGCCGUAAACGUAGAUGCAGAGGAAGGGAAAGAGUGGAAAGAGGGUAAGGAAUGGAAAGAGGGCAAAGAGAAAGAGGUAGAUCAGAGCAGGCCGGUGUCUGUGAUGAGUUCCCUGAGCUACAGGAAGCGCUCCAACAUCAAUGACUCCAUCGGAGGUAAAGGGGACGACAGCUCCCUCUUCAGUUCCCUCAAGAAGGACCAGGAGUCCCAGGAGUCUAUCUCCUCCUUCCGUAAAGCCAAGCCCAAAGGCUCCUUACCCCAGGAUGACUCCUACUCAGUCAGCUCCAGCUCCUGGAGGAAGUCCCAGACUGGGAACGAUGAUGACCGUGGCUCGGUUAUCUCCCAGGCCUACACUGAAGCCACCAGCAGGGCUAGGAAGGGCAUGGACAGCCGCUGGGGAGACUUCGACAAAGAGUCCACCGUGUCCUCCAUGGCCCCCAGCCGGGCCUCCGUCGCCACCACGCGCCGUGGCCUGAGCCCAGACGACACCAUGCCCAGUCCCCUGAGCCGCCGCAGCAGCACCUCCGCAUACCGUAUGGACGAGUCAUAUGGAAGAAGUGGUAUCAGCCCCAGCAGCCCCUCUCUCAGUCGCCGUUCUGGGGGCAGGAGCCCUGGCAGUGUGAGCCGUGCUGACUCACGCAUAUCUGACUUCCGCAGCUGCCGCCUCAGCGAGUUUGAUGACAUGGAGGACGGGCACAGCGUGGUCUUCACCGAGCGCACCUCGGCCUACAGCCCCCACUCUUCCACGGGACGCAGCCUGUCCAUGCCCCCACCACGCGCCCGCUCCUCCUACAGAGAUGAUGACGAGCUCCCUGACACCUCGGACGUCAAGCCGGCCACCGUCGGCCACCGCAACUACCUGGACCCCGACCUGGAGAAGGCCAUCAACGAGGUGCUCAACUUCAAACCCAUCAAGUUCAAACGCACCAGCCUGGAAGACUCAGAGGCCGAGGCAGGGAGGAAAGAGGGUGAUACAGAGGAUGACGGGAAGGGUGUGCUUAGUGUCAGGGGGAGAGGCGACCGGGAGGUGGACAGCGGGAGCAGCACCAGCAGUCUGAGACGGUCCGCGUCGGCUGUGGACUGUAGGAGGUCCUCGAGCAACAGUCGCAGCCACAGUCGCAGCCACAGUCGCAGCCACAGUCGCAGCCGCAGCCACAGCCGCAGCCACAGCCGCAGCCACAGCGGCAAGAAGAGCCAAGGUAAGAAGAAGAGGAGGAGCCACCGCUCCGAGUCAGACAGCUCCAAUAAUGACCGCCGCAGCAAGAAGGGCAGCUCCAAGAGGAAGGGCAAGAAGUCCAAAAAGGAGUCUUCUUCCUCAUCCUCGGAUUCAGAGUCUGGCUCCAGUUCAGGUGCCUCCACCGUCUCCUACAAAAGCACCAACAGCGUGAAGAGAGCCCCUGGCCGCCAGGCCUCUAGCCCAGAGGGGGAGAGGGAGACGGGGACGCCUGCUGAGGGGCAGCCCCUUCCGAACAAGAAGGAGGAGAAGAAUAGGAAGAAGAAAGUGGACAACCUGAUGAUGAAAUAUCUGUACAGACCAGACAGUGACUGAGGCUGGCAUCCUCCUAGCCGAAGACGGUUCUGCUUUGACAAAUCUGAUGAAGAAGAGGAAGAAAAGAAAGAAGGGGGUGCAUCCCGAGGGUCCUACCGCUCCAGAAACACACGGGGCAGCUACCUGAACAACAAUGACAGUGAAGACAAGCCCUCUGAGACAACAUAGUUCACACACACACACCAGCCAACACACCCUGCAUGUUGAGAGGGCCCCAGUGGUGCUGUUAUCACACACAACCACUCUACUGUUCUUCUAACCCUGCAACAUGGCAAUGAUACUAUUACUAUCAUUAUUAUUCUACUGUUACAAAGCAGCUUGCAUUGCUAAGGUCUAGAGAAGGUGCCAUAGUACAUCAGUGUACAGUACACAACACUAAUGGUUUCUCUCACUCUCCACUCCACUGGGCCAACCAUCUCUUAGUGUAUUUCACCAGUCACAUGUGACAAUGUCUCCAUCUUGGAUCUUGGCCCCUCCAGUUGAACAGCAUCUCCAUUAAUAAUGGCUUGUCUCUCCUGUCUCUGCUGGCUGCAUGAGGACAGCUGCUGCUUGGCUGGCGCCAUCGUCUCCUACUUCCUAGACUCUGUCAUCGUCAUCAUGGUUGUAACUGAGCCAAAGAACUAGCUCUGUUCCCUUGUGUUUUAUCACUGCAUCGGGGACCAGAAAGAAAAAAAAUCUAACAAAAAAAGACGGAGCAAAUAAGUACCAAAAAAGCCUUUGUUGCAAGUAGAUGUGUACACUGUGUUAUUGCUUAUCAAGUAGAUGUGUACACUGUGUUAUUGCUUAUCAAGUAGAUGUGUACACUGUGUUAUUGCUUAUCAAGUAUAUGUGUACACUGUGUUAUUGCUUAUCUGAGUCCUGGUAAAAAGACCAGAGUUUAUUUUUGGGAGAAGUGCCGUUGAUAUACAGAACAUAGGGUCCUCUACAGCUGUGCUUAGAUUCUGGCUGCAGCGCCGCGCCGCGCCACCCCCCUGAAAGAAGAUGCUUUCAUCGGCUCAUCUGCUUGUUUUAAAUUGCUUGUUUUAGCAGGAGAAUAAUGUUUCCUAACAGGAAGACAACAGAAGAGAGUUGCAGCACCAAACUGCUUUGUGAUGAAAGUUUAACCCUUCUCUUCUUUUUUUCCAUCUUUUUGUUUUGAUGUUUGAAAGAAGAUAAUUUGUUUUCGAGAGUCCUGCCAUCAAGAAAAUGAAUUUCCAGGAGGUUGGAGCGUAGCAUACCCUAUGAAAUGCCUUGCCUUUUAUUUCAACUUGAAUUGAACUAAGUACUUUGCAGAAAUGCUUUUGGGGUGAGAGUCUUUGGCUCAGCUGUUUUUUCUUCUUGUCAUUGUGGUUGUUGUUGUUCUCAUGCUUUUCACUUGUUUUUUCUCUCCAUUUGAUGUUUGCUUUUCAAAGGGAAGAUAUUGAACACCAUGCUUUAUGGUGGUUUGCCUUUAGUUUAUAUCUCCUUCAACACCCAUAUGUUUUCUUUUUCUGAUAAACCAUACUGGAUUACACAUGGAUUACACAUUCAACCCGCAUGUUAAAUCCUCCUGUCUUGCAUCACCACUCUGUAAACUGGAUAUAAUGCAUUCAAAUCCUUUUCAGUGUCUUUGAAGCCUAUUUGUCAUGUAGGAUUCAUCAGUAUUCUGUCCUGAACCAAUGCUACUGUUCAUAACAGAGCAGCAGUUUAAGCAGGAAGAUAUUAAAGACCCAUGCUUUUACGGUUGCUUGGUGUUACAUUGAACCCUUCGGCUGUCUCUUUAGUAUUUAUGAAUUAGCGUUAAUGAAUUAAGCAGGCCUGCCAAAAUGUGUAUUAUCCACCUGUACAUGGCAAGUGGGGCUGAAAGGAUUUUGAUGAUAUUUUGCGUGAAGGGAGAAGUUUGGUACGUUUGUAUUAUACAUGCUUUUUAAAGACACACCUAUCACCUUUUUCCUCUAUGCCAGGUUUUCCCAAACUCGGUCUUGGGGCCUGCUAGGGUGCACGUUUUGGUUUUUGUCCUAGCACUACACAGCUGAUUCAAACAAUCAAAGCUUGAUGAUGAGUUGCUUAUUUGAAUCAGCUGUGUAGUGCUAGGACAAAAACCAAAACGUGCACCUGGGGGGGCACCAGGACCAAGUUUGGGAAACCCGGCUCUAUGCAGUCAACAUGAGUUUUAAAAGGAAUUGUAAACUGUUUUAUGAUCUCGUUUUAUGAUACUCUUAAACCUGAGUCAUCAUAAAAACACCAGGCAAAAUAAAGAAAUGAGCCAACAUAACAUUGCUGACUGUACACAUUAAUAUUUAUAUAAAUAUCUGUACUGAUUCAUGCUAGCUUUCAAAAUAUUAUAUUUUUAUUUUCGUUAUUGAACAAAAUGACCACUUAUUAUGAGUAAUUUUGCAUUACAGUUUAAUAUAUUGUAAAUAAAUGACUCAGACUGUAAUUUUAUUUUCUCUGUGGGUUUUUGUUUGACAUUUUCUGCAUUGGUGUUUCAGCCUCCAAGCUCCUAUCUGUCUUUUCAGACUUAAAUAUGCACAUUAGGAAAUAGUCUCCCACUUAACAUUUCUGGAGGGCAUACUGGGGUAUUUUUUUUAAUGAAAGGCAAAUAAAAAUUAAUUCUGUUC